UUUUUGAUAAUGUCAGCAACUUCUUUGUUUGUCCUCUUGUAAUAAAACUGCUUUAUGUACAUGUGCAUCUAGAUAAAAAAAAUAUGCCCGGCCUCUCCUCUCUUAUCUCUAUAUAUAUAUAUAUAAUUAAAUGAGCACAUAUUCUAAUGCAUUAUUAUCAGUUCUUUGAAAAUAAAAUGGAUGCAGCGUUGAGUUUAAUCUUAACUUCUAUUCUUGUAGCUGCAUCGGUAACAUGGGCAGUGAAAUUACUAAAUUGGGUUUGGUUUAGGCCGCGAAAGCUCGAGAAAUUUCUAAGGGAGCAAGGUCUGAAUGGGAAACCCUACCGACCGUUUCUCGGAGACCUCAAGGAUUACGUGACAGCUGUUAAAUCGGAACAAAGACGAACAAUCGAACUUUCCGAUGAUAUUAUACCGCACAUAUUCACGUAUUAUUAUGAGACCAUCAACAAGUAUGGUGAAAAUUCGUUCGUGUGGUUCGGUCCUUGGCCGAGGCUGAAUAUUACCGAUCCGGAGCUAAUAAAAGAGAUAUUAAGGAAACCGGAUAUUUUUCAAAAACCCAUCCCGAAAACGGGCAAGAUUUUUACGGGCGGACUUUUGCUACACGAGGGCGAAAAAUGGGCUAAACAUAGAAAGAUUAUCAAUCCUGCUUUCACCGUAGAUAAGCUCAAGAAUAUGGUUCCGGCAAUUGGUGUAAGUUGUUCAAAAAUGGUAGAAAAAUUAAAAGCAAUGAUAAACGACGAGGGGUGGUGCGAAAUCGAUAUGUGGCCGUGGCUGGAAGAUUUAACGGGCGACAUGAUUUCACGUACGGCAUUCGGAAGCAGCCACGAACAAGGGACGAAGAUAUUUCAUCUCCAAGCCGAACGACUUAAGCUCACCGUGCAAAUAGUGCAGUUCUUAUUUAUCCCCGGUUGGAGAUAUCUUCCGACGAAAGUAAAUAGGAAAAUAAAAGCAAUGAAUGAAGAAAUUCAAUCGUUGUUAAAAGGUAUAAUCGAGAAAAGGCAGAAGGCAAUGGAUAGGGGAGAAGCUACGGGUGGUGAUGAUUUAUUAGGUAUAUUAAUGGAGUCGAAUUCAAGAUUCACCGAAGAAGAUGGAAAUAAGAAUAAGGGGAUGAGUAUUGAAGAUGUAAUUGAGGAGUGCGAGCUAUUUUAUUUAGUCGGUUCGGAGACGACCGCUAGUUUGCUUGUUUGGACUAUCGUUUUGCUAUGCAAGCAUCCCGAAUGGCAAACUCAAGCACGAGAAGAAGUCAACCGAGUUUUCGGAAAUUCGGAACCAACUUUUGAAGGCUUAAAUCACCUCAAAAUUGUGACGAUGAUUCUGCAAGAAGUCCUAAGGUUGUACACACCGGCACCUAUGACGGUCCGAGGCCCAACAGAGACGGUGAAACUAGGAAAAAUGACUAUUCCGCCAGGGGUACAUAUGACAAUUCUAUUAGGCCUACUUCAUCGCGACCCCAUGAUUUGGGGAGACGAUGCAAAUGAGUUCGAUCCUCGGAGAUUCUCGGAAGGUUUUUCCAAAGCGGCAAAGACGCAAUCGUCCUUCAUACCGUUCAGUUCAGGCCCUCGUGUUUGCAUCGGACAAAACUUUGCGAUGAUUCAAGCAAAAAUGGGUCUAGCUAUGAUUUUAAAGAGCUUCUCGUUGGAGUUGUCGCCUUCGUAUUUGCAUGCCCCUUUCCCGAUUCUUACUAUUCAACCACAAUACGGUGCACCGUUGAUUCUGCGUAGUCUCGAUUCGUCAUGAAAUUCAUGAACAGAAAAGUGUAAUAAAGAUUAUUGAUAAAAGUAAUUAAUGAAGAAGGACGAUGGGUAUUAAUUAUGUUAGAGAAAUAAUAAUACCUUAAAAACAUGUAUUUGGAUAUCAAUGUUUUUUAAACUUUAACUCAAUAAUAUUUUGGUCUUCAA